AUGAAAGAGUAUGAAGUUACUGUAAUCAGCAGUGAAAUGCCUGAAGAUGUAGAAAUACAUGCGGCUAGAGUAGCAUCAGAGGCACUUGUUAUGGAACCGACAUGGAGUGGUAUUGCUGGUUUUAUAAAAAAGGCUUUUGAUAAGAAGUAUUCCACAUCAUGGCAUUGUGUAGUUGGUAAACACUUCUGUGGGUCAUUCUCACAUGAAAUGGGUGACUUCAUCCACUUCUCUAUUGAUGACGUCAUAAUUCUAUUGUUUAGGUCAUUUGGAUCACUACCACAAACAACGGUAGUUGCUUCAAGUAUCUGA